AUGAGUUUUAGAGGAGGUUCUAGAGGAGGUCGUGGUGGUGCCAGAGGAGGCCGUGGAGGCCGUGGUGGAAGCCGUGGAGGAUUUGGUGGAAGACCAAUUCAGCAAGGUCCACCAGAUACGGUCUUAGAGAUGGGUGCCUUCAUGCAUCCUUGUGAAAAUGAUAUUGUUUGUCGUUCUAUUAACACUAAAAUCCCAUAUUUCAAUGCUCCAAUAUAUUUAGAGAAUAAAACUCAAGUCGGUAAAGUUGACGAAAUUUUAGGUCCAUUAAACGAAGUUUAUUUCACUAUCAAGUGUGCUGAAGGUGUACAAGCUACUAGUUUUAAGGAAGGUGAUAAAUUUUAUAUUGCUCCAGACAAACUACUUCCAAUUGAAAGAUUCAUUCCAAAACCAAAGGUUGUUGGUCCACCAAAGCCAAAAUCCAAAAAAAAGAAGAAAGCUGCCGGUGCUCCAGCUGGCCGUGGUGGUCGUGGUGCUGCUAGAGGUGGUCGUGGAGGCCGUGGGGGCGCCAGAGGUGGGUUUGGUAGCCGUGGAGGCCGUGGAGGAGCCAGAGGUGGUCGUGGCGGCCGUGGCGGAUUUAGAAGGUAA